CAAAUCAAAGGGAGAGUCCGAGGGACAGAGGUUGCUAAUAAUGUCCUGUGUUGGAAAUUUUCAUAAAACAACCAACAGGAGAAAUCCUCUUAGCCAUUCCAUUGCCAACCUUUCCCGUUGCUACCCUGAUGGCUGGCCUGCUGCUUCUGGCCAUGAACUUCCACCUGAUGGGUCCCCUGGCUAUCAGAGCAUCUCAAACUUUGCAGGAAACUUGGAAUCUGUCAAUGGAGAGACAAGCCAAGUGGCCCACAUACCAACCCAGGCAAGCAGCUGAAACAACUCUCAUUACUGCCUAUGUGCAAAUGGAAGUCCUAGAAAAGACCUGGACCCCAUCCUCCUUUAGUAACCCAGCUCUUCCCCCAUCCCUAAGAGAUCUGGUUGCCAUCAGUCUCACCACAGUAUGUGUUGCAAAACGUGAUGGGGUCUUCAACUGUUUCUGUCUCCCUGGGCAUGGAUGGAAUACCAGCAUGUGCCACCAUCACGAUCCUUGCCAUCACUUGUAUCCCAACUCCUGUAACUGCAUCAUCUUCCAUCAUCCUAACACUGCGUACUGCCAGUUGCGGCCACCUGUACCUGGGAACCUGAGCCUGAAUUCAGCAUUGCCCCGUCCUGGCAGCACCCUGACCUUGACCGUGCUCCUUAGCCACAAGGCCACUGAGCUGAGCUGGUACCUGCAGUCAGUGAAGAAAAAGACCCCAGUGGUCCUGCAGUCUGGAACUCAGGUGGCCCUUCGCACCAAGAGGGACCAGGCUGUCCUCACCAUCACCAAUGUCUCCCAAGAUUGGGCAGGCCGGUAUGUAUGCCGCUUCGUGUCCCGGGAUUUCCUGUGGGAGCUGCAUCAGCUGGUGGAAGUGCCCCUGCAGGCCAGUGAUGUGCUUCAACACCCAAGGCAGCUCUCUGUUUCCUGCAAUGCCUUCUCUGGCUUCCAGUUAAGAUGCUGCUUCCCCAGCACAACUCUGACCUACACUGCCUCCUGGAGUCCUCAAUACCUAUAUAGUACAGCACUCUUGUCCAGGACCUCUGGGACAGAAUGUCUCACUCUAGUUGUGCCAAGCUGCCCCAAGAAUGAUACCAAGUACACCUGUAAGCUGCAGAGCCCUGGACUGGACCCCGUGAGCAUUCCUAUCUCCGUCUCCAUUAUCCGGGACCGAGAUACUACUUGUCCCCAGGACUCUUUGGGUGGUGACUGGAAGGUCACUAAAGCUGGAUAUGUGGCCCAGAUCCCAUGUCCUAUGAACAGGACGGGAAUGGUGGAGAGGCACUGUGGGGCCAAAGGCAACUGGGGACCCAUCAACAGCAGCUGCACUGAUGUGAGGCUAGUGGACAUGUUUCACACAGCCCAGCUGUUGUUGGCAGGCCAAGGUAAGCCAAGGAAGAAAGCGCCGCUGCUCAUAGCACAGUUGCGGAAGGAGGUAGCAGCUGUGAGUUCCCCCUCUGACUUAUUAGCACUGUUGGGUACUGUGAAGAUCUUGGCCCAGGUGGUGACCAGGGACAGGAUGGAACUUAGCCGCAAGACCUUGGAGGAUUUUCUGAUGGCCACAAAUGACCUCUUGGAGUUGGAUCCCAAUACUAUCUGGGCCCCAGCCCAGGCUGGGGUGCCCUCGGUGAGUUCAGCAAUCCUACAGACUGUGGAGAGCCUGGGUCGAAGCCUGUGUUCCAGUGACCACCCCUUCUAUCUCACCUUGCCCAAUGUGCAACUACAGACCCAGCUUCUUGGACCUAUGACCCCAGAGGACUACAGUGUCUCCUUCACUCAUACCCCUAUCAGGGUAAAAAUCCCCCACCACGCACUGGCUCAACUGGCUUGGAAGACUGGCCGUGUCAGUAUCACCAGUAUGGUACUGAAUAAAUUGGGCCAUAUCCUACCCAUGAACUAUGGGCAGGGGUUAAGGGACUUACUCUAUACCACUCCUGACUUGGUUUUCUCCAACUCCAUCAAAGACGGUAAUCAGACUGUAACCAAAGUGGAGAUCAUUAUGGAUUUUGGGGGUACAGAGGGUACUCCCACUUGUGUCUUCUGGGACCACAACCUCUUCCAGGGUGCAGGUGCUUGGUCGAAGGAGGGCUGUGAGGCCAGAGCAGGUGACAUCAGCAGCACCACUCAGUGUGUCUGCUUGCACUUAACCUCUUUUUCUGUCCUUAUGUCCCGCCAUUCUGUCCCAGACAACCUGACUUUGACAUUGCUGAGCCAAGUGGGUUUGGGGGCCUCAAUAUUGUCACUGCUGUUAUGCCUGGGAGUAUAUAGAGUUGUAUGGAGGGCUAUAGUCCGGAAUAAGAUAUCUUACUUUCGACAUGUGGCCUUACUCAAUGUGGUACUCUGCUUGCUUGCUGCUGACACCCUCUUUCUUGGGACAUUACUGGUAUCCCUAGGCCCCCACAGCCCACUUUGCCUAGCUGCCACUUUCCUUUGCCAUUUUUUCUACUUAGCUGCUUUCUUCUGGAUGCUGGCCCAAGCCUUGGUGCUAGCUCAUCAGCUUCUCUUCGUCUUUCACCAACUGUCUAAACACUAUGUACUGCCCAUCAUGUUUGUCUUGGGCUACCUGUGCCCAUUGGGGUUUGCGGGUACAACAUUGGGCCUGUACCUCCCUCAGGGACAAUAUUUGCAGGAGAAUGCAUGCUGGUUGGAUGGGAAGGGUGGAGCAAUCUAUACUUUCGUGGGGCCAGUGAUAGGCAUUGUAGGGGUAAACGGGCUGGUACUGGUGAUGGCUGUGGUGAAACUGCUGAGGCCCUCAUUGUCUGAGGGGCCCCAGAUUGAGAAGCGGCAGGCCCUUCUGGGUGUGAUCAAGGCACUGUUCAUCCUUAUGCCCAUCUUCGGUCUGACUUGGGUGCUGGGCUUGGCCACUUUGAUGGAUGGAGGCAGCAAGAUCCCUCACUACCUGUUCACAGUUCUUAAUACCUCCCAGGGAAUCUUCAUCCUACUUUUCGGCUGUCUUAUGGAUAAGAAGGUACAAGAAGCAUUACUCAAACACUUCUGCUGUAUUCUUCCUGCUGUCUCCAGUGUCUUCCUGCAGGCCACAAAUGGUGUGAAUGACUUGGAAUCCAGCAAAUGAAGAACAGAGAAUGCUGGUUUUGAAGAGAUUUGGCCUGACCGAGAUUCUGUUCUCACACACACUGCUGGUACAUGUGGCGAGCUGAUUUACUGUUUCUUUUUGCCAUUCCAAAAAAAUGAAAUCAGCAACUUCAAA